ACGGCGAAACGAUCUGCAUCUCCAGACGGAACGAAGCACCUUGUCAUGCAGCACGCGCAUGCCAGCAGUCACGAUUUGGACCUCGACUUCGAUCCAAUGCCACCCGAUACUUGGAUGCUUCUGAAUAACUCACGUACAGUUCGAACUGCUAGGCAUACAAAGAUCGAAACAGUUCGAACUACUACUGAGCAUACAAAGAUCAUGGUCAUCUGCAGAGUCAGGCCCAGAGGUUUCCAAUAAAUACUUGCCCUGCAUGACAGCAUGAGUUCGAACUCCUGCUCCAAGCUAGAAGAUGGCACUCAUCUUCAUCCUUUUCUUUCUGGCCACGGCUGCCGCCGAUUCUGAGCUACCUCCUCUCUGGAAUUUUCCGCCUCUUCCCCCAUUGCCCCCGCUCCCGAGCCUGCCUCCUCUUCCCGCAUUGCCCCCGCUCCCACCGGGUACACCACCCAGCAACGGCCCACAGCCUUCCCCCUCGCCGCCGCCGGAGACAUCAAGUUGCAUGCUUCCGUUGCUAAGGGCAGCCCCGUGCCUUGACUUCCUCACAAACACCAGCGUGCCGGCACCUUCGAGUCGCUGCUGCGAUCGCUUUAGAUCACUCGUCGGCAAUGCGAGCGAGAGCAUCUGCAUAUGCCAUCUCGUCCUCAGCGAUCCUAACGUGACCAGCAUUGUUGGUAAUGUGGAUCUUGGGCGGUUGGUGGCUCUUCAACUGAGGUGUAACGUUUUGGUACCACCGAUGCUGAUCUUCUCGUGCGUAUCAAGACCAAUCCCGCCUCUCACGAUGAUUCCUUCUUCGGAGCCAGCUGCAGCCUCGAUGAGCACCGAGUCAUCCUAUGAACAUUUCGACCUGGGAACGAUGAGCGCCAGUCAUGAAAAGGUGCAGCAGCCAGAGCUUGUAUCCACCAUCGAGCAGCCACCGCCAUCACCACCACCACCGAAGCCGGCGGGAACCGGUGAGAACAAGGGCGUGUAGCGUCACAGCGGCCGCCUGAAGUCGAGGCACGCUGGAUAUAGUAGUAGUAGUACUGUCUAUGUAGCAGGCUGUGUCCCUUCGAUCCAGUGAAGUAUACCAGGCAACUACACAAGCAAUAAUAUUGUCUAAAAGAAUCAAUAUUAUGUACUACUACUCCGUGAUCAAUAAAAAUGCAAAGGAAACAUCUUUCCAGGCAAACAA